UUAUUUACGAUUUUAAGCUGAAACUCAGUGGAAGCAUUUUGUUUCCUAAAUAUAUUACCUAAUAUUGUUCAAAAUAUUCUGUUUGUUGUCUUUUGUGUGUGUUUUAUGAAUAAAUUGAAUUGUACAGUAACGAAAACAAAAAACCAUGCCCCUCUCUGAACGUGAGAAAAUCGCUUCGGCAGCGUUCAUCGUUGCAGCGGGUGUCGGCGCACUUUACGUAGCGAUUAACAGGAAACGAUUGUUCCGAAAGUUUACGGAUCCAUUUUACAACCAAACGAUUCAGAUAAUAACAAAUGCUGAGGAAUGCAAACGCAUAGUUGAUACGCUGCGAACGCACUGCCAGGAGUAUCGAAUACUCGGACUGGAUUGUGAAUGGGUAAGUGAGCAAGGCAAGCGCCACCCUGUGGCCCUCUUGCAGCUAGCAUCGCACCGUGGACUGUGCGCUCUGUUUCGACUGUGCGAGAUGAGACGGAUUCCGUCGGAGUUGGGUGACCUUCUGAAUGAUGCUAGUAUUCUAAAAGUCGGUGUCGGUCCGGUCGAGGAUGCAAAGCUGCUGAAGGUUGACUACAAUUUGAAGGUAGCAAGCGCACUGGAUUUACGUCACCUGGCGGAGAAGGGUGGCUUUCCGGGACCUUACGGUUUGGCCCGUUUGGCUGAAAAGACGUUGGGUGUAACGAUGGAUAAGCACUGGCGUGUUAGAGCGUCCAACUGGGAGAACGUGGAAUUAAGCGAGCGGCAGAUUACGUACGCAGCAAACGAUGCGCAUGUGGCGGUGGAACUGUUCGAACGGUUCGCUAAGCGGCUGGUUCCACGUGGACUGCUGACUUCACGAAAGGACUGGUUAGAGAUGGUAAUCAAGGAAGUGGAUUGUUUCAUGGACCAGCGAUUCACAGAUAAGCCCAGUCCCAGUAACCGCAAUAGCACCGGUAAGGGUAGGAACAAGCUACUUGGUGGACCUAAUGGACCCAACGCCACCGUAAUCAAGCGCUCGAUGGCCACCCGAGCAAAGCCGUUGUACGACAACUGCCUGAUGCAGGCCCCGGAUGGCGAUGUUUUAUGUACGUGUGAUCGCAAAAAGGCAGAAUGGUACGUCAUGAAGGGCCUAGCGGAAAUCGUUACCGAUCAACCAACCUAUACGAUUCGACUGACGUUCGAACCGAAGGGACGUGCCGUUGGCGAAGUUGGUCGGUACUAUCAGACCGCAAAAGAGAACAGAUGUGUGGUUUGCGGUGCCAGAGAUUCCUACAUUCGUAAGAACGUAGUUCCGCGAGAUUAUCGGAAACAUUUCCCAUUGGUAAUGAAAGAACAUAGCUCCCACGAUGUCCUGCUACUUUGCGCCCCGUGCCACCGGACUAGCAACAUGUUUGACGAAAAUAUGCGCCUCAAGCUGGCUUCGCUGUGCAUGGCUCCUUACUCUACACGUGAGAAUCCGAAAGAAAUUCGCGUCGACAACAUAGCCGAUCUGCGUAAAGCGGCCCGCGCUCUGUUGUACUGUUCGGAGAAAAUUCCCGCAGAACGGAAGAAAAGUCUAGAGCGGAAGGUGCAGAAGUUAGUUCCGAAGGGUACUGAAAUAACCAGUGCGCUUCUAGAACAUUAUGCGCACAUCAGUGUGGCGAUUCCGAACGAUGAUUACUGUGCGCAUGGCGAAAAGGUCGCAGAACACUUUAAACAGCGACCUGGAGGAUUAAGCGAACUGGAGAAAAUGUGGCGGCAACACUUUCUACGUACAAUGAAACCCAAGCAUUUGCCAGAACUGUGGUCUGUUGAACAUAACUUUAAAAGAUUGGAAAUCCGAGCAGAUGAAGGCCGUGUCGACGAGCAGGACCUGUUGGUGGCAGGUGUAAAACGACCGGUUAGAAAUGGUUCGUCGUCCCAUAGUGGCAGCACUAGCAGCAAUAACAUAAGCCUAACCAGCAGUAGCAACAGUCAAACCAUUAGCUCAGAUCCAUUAUCCAUUCUGCGAUCUAGUGAGCAGGAGCAAGACAGUGACAAUGACAGUACUGCACGAGACUUUCCUAGCUACCAAGACGAAGAGUCAGCAACAAUCGCUGGCUCUGAUUAUCCAACUGAAUCCAACCAUAAUCAUACUGAAUUUUAUUCCAACCACGACGAUUCUGGAACGCUGUACGAUUCAGCUACUGCCGGCGGAUCUGGCAGCACCACCAUUGGAAAUGGUAUAUCCGAUCAGUUCAAAACGGUGGCUCAACCGUUGACUGCUAGCAACGAUCCAGACGAAAGUGAACAGGAAGCAACGGUGAAUGAUUUUGCUUCGAUAGAAUCCAGCUAUGACUCGGAUGAUUCCGAUUCGACUCUGUCGCAGCCUUCGACGACGCUGCUCAACUCGACCGACGAUUGGGAGGCGGAAGCUAACGAGCCCAGCGUGAAUGGUACUCUUCCCCUGGUCACUAAAGGUUCGCAGUGGGGAUAAAUGAGGUGCGUUUGCGAGUUGGGAAAGAAAUUGUAGAAUAUUAAGCAAAAUUAUAUACGAAUGCAUUUGUCUUUUAUCAGGUAAUCGUGUUUAUGGAUAGUGUUACGCUUGCUUGACCAAAUUGUUACAAAUAAAGUUUUACAUUUGACCGAUCAA